CUUUUCCUGGCCUGUCCUUUCACCAGCAGAAAUGCGGAAAAACCAGUUCUGUGGUUAAUUGCUGCACUUCCCUCCACGCCCAUGGGGCAGAUCUCCUCCUCCUCACUCACAGCCUGGGUGCACUUCAGCCUCCAGCCUCUGCCCUUGCCUUUGCUCAGCUGGUUCAGGUGCUCUGUCAAGCCUCUGUGCUCCUUGCAUUAGCCUUGCGGCUGCCUUCCCCUUUUCCUUGUCUGCCAGAGCUCCUGUUUCUUUGCUGGCUUCUUCUCCCUUGGGCAACGCACUGGGUUGGCCUGCAGGUGCAGAAGGUGCAGGCAGCUGCCCUCCUGGCCCUGCCCUGCCCUGCCUGGAGGGGUAGCAUUCAGAGGUGAUGUCUGGAGGCAGCGAGCGGAUCAUGAAGGCACUGAAGGAGGUGUGGAGAAGAGCAGAAAACUCAUUGUGUGCAGACUGUGGGAAGCCAGAUCCUGACUGGGCAUCCUCUACUUUGGGUGUUUUUAUAUGCCUCAGCUGUUCAGGAAUUCACCGCAACAUCCCUAGCAUCAGCAAAGUCAAAUCCUUGAAGAUGGACCACUGGGAUGAUGCUCAGGUGCAGUUUCUGGCCAAGCAUGGGAAUGCUGUCACUAAAGCCAUAUAUGAAGCUCACAUCCCUAUUUACUAUUACCAGCCAACCUACAAUGACUGCCACGUGCUGAGAGAACAGUGGAUCCGGGCCAAAUACGAACGCAGAGAGUUCACCGAGCCUGGAAAGCAUCUGCCCUAUUCUGAUGGGGUGAAAGAAGGCAUCCUCUGGAAGCGAGGUCGAGACAGUGGGCAGUUCCUACCACGCAAGUUCCUCUUGUCUGAGAGAGAGGGAAGUCUGAAGUAUUUCACCAAGCAGGAUGCCAAAGAACCCAAAAUCAAUGUUAAAAUAGAUGUCAUCAAUGCUACCUUCCAACCAAUGAAGAUUGGGAACCCCAAUGGCCUGCAGAUCACCUAUCUCAAAGACAACAAGACCCGGAAUAUAUUUGUCUACCAUGAAAGUGGAAAGGAGGUAGUGGAUUGGUUCAAUGCCAUUCGCUCUGUGCAGUUCCAUUAUCUGAAGGUAGCAUUUCCCAUUGCCAGUGACAGUGAGAUUAAAACUCGACUGACAAGAAACUUCCUGAAGGAGGGAUACAUGGAGAAGACUGGCCCCAAGCAGAGAGAGGCGUUUAAGAAGCGCUGGUUCACGCUGGAUCACCGCAGGCUGAUGUACUUCAAGGAUCCCUUGGAUGCAUUUGCUAAGGGUGAGGUAUUUGUGGGCAGCAGAGAGAAUGGAUAUAGUGUCCAGAAGGGAUUGCCUUCAGGGACACAGGGCAACUUCUCCUGGCACUAUGGCCUCACCAUUGUCACCCCUGACCGGGAAUACCUCUUCACUUGUGAGACGGAGACCGACCAGCUGGACUGGAUCACAGCCUUCACUAGCGUCAUCGACCAGGCCAUGACACCACAGGAGUAUGCCAUUGAAGCCUACUUCAAGUUCAAAUCCUAGGAAACCAAGCAGGAGCCUUGCUGUGACUUUACCUGGCAGGCUGUCAGCAGAGAAGAGGAUAUUGACAUCAUUGAAGCACCCUCUGAAGCACUUCUUUCACUCCAUAGAGGGUCUGCCUUGUUCUGAGGGUCCAAUUAAGCUGCUUCCUUUGAAGUGCAAGACUUUGAGUCUGAAUCCUCAUGCAACCUGCCACUGUUAAAUUGCUGUGAUCUGACUGGCUGCUGGCAGACCUUGCUUGUCAGUUGGACCUUGAAAACUUGGCACUUGCUGUGUUGGACAUGGGACCUAGCAUCACUCCUGCAUGAAACGGCAGGCAGUCACCUACCUUACUCAAGAAAGCUGCCUGGCUGGAGCUACACCUGAGUGGGUUGCAGGGGCUCAGGAGAGACUGUUCCUUUACCAGCCUUCUCUGCUGGUGUCAGAGAUGUGAAACAUCUAGACGUUUGAUCAGUUAGAGCUGUAGUUGAGAAAAGUCACUUAAAAGAUACAAUCUAACAUCUAAAUGUGAGGCCUUUUUCCUCCUGCCAUGUGUAUACUUGAAAGAUUCUCCAGACCACAUUUGUGUGGAGAUUUUCCUCUGCUUUCAACGGAGAAGGUUAAGAGGUCUGCACAAAAAUGUGCGUGGGUAAAGUGUGUGUGUGCACAUAAUGAAAAGCAGUGAGAGCUGCAACACUGCCCUAGCAAAAUGUGUGAGGGAUAUUCAAACCGUUGAGGUUCAGCUGUGAAAUUUGAGUCUCUAAUUAAACCAAUGUAGAGAGGUUGGGUCUGGCA